AGAAAAACAAAACGCUAGCGUUGUUGUUUUAUUGCAAAUGCAUCACUUUGUUAGCUACUGACGAAAUAAACGCAAAUACAAUUAGUGUGUGUGGGCAGACAGCGAGAGAGGCCAAGAGAGAGCUAAUCGAGCGCUCUGAGACGACGCGCUGGAGCUGUGCUAAGUUAAUCUAAUCUGGUCUGAGGCUGGCGUGCCAAAUUAGUUACGUUUAGCCGGUGUCAACAGUCAAUCAGUCAGCCGCUGCCCAAAGACUUCACAAGACGUUUGUUUGCGUUUUUGUUUAUUAAAAAAUAAGAAAAUGGUGGCACAAUCAAAGCUAGGCCAGGUGUUUAACCAUCAGAACUGGGUGCAUGCCGUCUCCGGCGCAGCAGGCGGCUGCAUUGCUAUGAGCACUUUCUACCCACUGGACACGGUGCGUUCGCGCUUACAACUUGAAGAAAGCGGCGAGGUGCGCAGCACCAAACAGGUUAUUAAGGAGAUUGUGCUGGGCGAGGGAUUCCAGUCACUGUACCGUGGUCUGGCACCUGUGCUACAGAGUCUAUGCAUUUCGAAUUUUGUCUACUUUUACACAUUCCAUGCGCUGAAGGCGGUAACCUCAAAUGGUUCGCGUGCCCAACAGAGCGCUCUUAAGGAUCUACUGCUGGGCAGUAUAGCUGGAAUUAUAAAUGUAUUCACUACCACUCCGUUUUGGGUGGUUAAUACUCGACUACGUAUGCGCAACGUAGCAGGCACCUCGGAUGAGGUCAACAAGCACUACAAGAGUCUAUUCCAGGGUCUCAGGUAUGUGGCCAAGACAGAAGGCGUAGCCGGACUUUGGUCUGGAACCAUACCCUCCCUAAUGCUCGUCUCGAAUCCGGCGCUGCAGUUCAUGAUGUACGAACUGCUUAAACGCAAUAUUCAAAUCUUCACGGGCAAUGAAGUUGGAAGCUUGGGCUACUUUCUAAUUGGUGCUAUAGCCAAAGCAUUUGCCACUGUGUUGACCUAUCCGUUGCAGCUGGUGCAGACUAAGCAGCGUCAUCGCACCAGACAAGCGGCCAAUGUGGCCUCCACCUCACAGCAGGCGGGAAAGCAACAGACGCCUAGCAUGUUCGAGCUUAUGGUUAGCAUACUGCAGCAUCAAGGCAUUGGCGGACUUUUCCGUGGUCUGGAGGCCAAAAUAUUGCAGACUGUGCUAACGGCUGCGCUCAUGUUCAUGGCAUACGAGAAAAUUGCCAGCUUUGUGAAACUGCUGCUCAAGCGCAAUGCCUAAUGCCCAAUUUGAUAUAGCUUAGCUGUAAAUUCCCAUGACAAUGCCCAGGAUAUGGUACACUCCAAAGUUAGCCAAUAAGCGUAAAUAUGAAUGGUAUUAAGAGUACACGAAUAA